UCAGUAAAUCAAGGCAUUCAACCAUCUCCAUAGCUAGCUAGUGAACCGAUCCACCAGCACCGCUCAUCUCGCAAGGAAAAAUAACCUUCGGCCGAAAGCACCGAAUGCAGUGGAAGCCCGUAUGGUGGAGAAUGAAGCAUUGCUAUAAUGGGUGUAUGUGACAAAAACGGAACUGUACAAUCUUUUUAUGUCCCUAUACUCUGAUUAUUGAUCUAGACGUAAUUCAGCCUCCAAAUCCUGCUGGUUUUCUAUGGUGUUCUAGUCUUUUCUCGUAGAUCGUCUAAGGAAAAGCGGAAUAACCCGGGUGUGAAAACCCCACAGUCGCAACCAUGUCUGGGGCCUCGGUGAAAGUUGCGGUGAGAGUGCGCCCCUUCAAUUCGAGGGAGACCAGCAAAGAAUCCCAAUGCAUCAUUCAGAUGCAAGGCAAGACCACCACUAUCCAGAACCCCAAGAACCCCAAAGAAGCAGCCAAGUCCUUCAACUUUGAUUACUCCUACUGGUCACACACUACUCCGGAGGACCCCAGCUUCGCCUCACAGUGCCUGGUGUACAAUGACAUCGGCAAAGAGAUGCUCCAGCAUGCCUUUGAGGGCUACAACGUCUGCAUCUUCGCCUACGGCCAGACGGGCGCGGGCAAGUCCUACACCAUGAUGGGCAAACAGGAAGAAGGACAGGAAGGCAUCAUACCUCUGCUCUGCGAAGAUCUCUUUGAGAAAAUCAAUGACAACAACAAUGAAGACAUCUCCUUCUCGGUGGAGGUCAGCUUCAUGGAGAUCUACUGUGAGCGUGUGCGGGACCUACUCAACCCCAAGAACAAAGGCAACCUGCGUGUGCGCGAGCAUCCACUGCUGGGACCCUACGUGGAAGACCUGUCCAAACUGGCUGUCACCUCCUACACCGAUAUCGCCGACCUCAUGGACGCUGGAAAUAAGGCCAGGACGGUGGCCGCCACCAACAUGAACGAGACCAGCAGCCGCUCACACGCUGUCUUCACCAUCGUCUUUACGCAGAAGAAGCACGACAACGAGACCGACCUCUCCACUGAAAAGGUCAGCAAAAUCAGCCUGGUGGAUCUGGCAGGCAGCGAGCGUGCUGACUCCACAGGAGCCAAGGGGACAAGGCUAAAGGAGGGAGCCAACAUUAACAAAUCCUUGACCACGCUGGGGAAGGUUAUCUCUGCACUGGCUGAAGUGGAUAACUGUACCAGCAAGAGCAAGAAGAAGAAGAAGUCAGACUUCAUCCCUUACAGAGAUUCUGUGCUCACAUGGCUGCUGCGGGAGAACUUGGGUGGAAACUCCCGAACCGCUAUGGUGGCUGCGCUCAGUCCGGCCGACAUCAACUACUUAAUUUAAACCCUCAGCACCCCAAGGUAUGCAGACCGUGCCAAGCAGAUCAAGUGCAAUGCAGUCAUCAACGAGGACCCCAACGCCAAGCUGGUGCGCGAGCUCAAGGAUGAGGUCUACCGCCUCAAGGAUCUGCUCCGUGCCCAGGGCCUGGGCGAUAUCCUGGACAUGGACCCAAUGGGGGAUGAGUGCCCGGGAGGUGGAAGCAAAUACCUGAAAGAUAUUCACAACAGUCAGCAUAGAUACUUACUAGCCUCAGAGAACCAACGCCCUGGCCAUUUCUCCACAGCCCCUAUUGGUUCCCUGACAGCCUCCCCGUCCUCUGGCUCGCUCUGCAGCCAGGUGGGCCUGACGUCCGUCUCCAGCAUCCAGGAGCGCAUCAUGUCCACGCCGGGAGGAGAAGAGGCCAUCGAGCGGCUCAAGGAAUCAGAGAAAAUUAUCGCAGAACUUAAUGAAACUUGGGAGGAGAAGCUCCGCAAGACUGAGGCCAUCCGAAUGGAGAGGGAGGCCCUCCUGGCUGAAAUGGGCGUGGCAAUCCGAGAGGAUGGGGGAACGCUUGGCGUAUUCUCUCCGAAAAAGACUCCUCACCUGGUCAACCUGAAUGAGGACCCGCUCAUGUCGGAGUGUCUACUGUACUACAUCAAAGAUGGCAUCACAAGGGUGGGCCAAGCUGACGCAGAGAGACGCCAGGACAUUGUUCUGAGUGGAGCCCACAUCAAAGAGGAGCACUGCAUCUUCUGCAGCGAGAAGAACGGCAAUGGAGAUGUGAUCGUCACGCUGGUGCCUUGUGAGGGAUCUGAAACUUAUGUCAAUGGCAAACGUGUCAUUGAUGCUGUACAGCUGCGGUCAGGAAACCGCAUCAUCAUGGGGAAGAACCACGUAUUCCGCUUUAACCACCCAGAGCAGGCGCGCGCUGAGAGGGAAAAGACCCCAUCAGCUGAGACCCCCGUCGAGCCUGUGGACUGGACCUUCGCCCAGAGGGAGCUGCUGGAGAAACAGGGCAUUGACAUGAAACAGGAGAUGGAGAAGAGAUUGACUGAAAUGGAGAUCUUGUACAAGAAGGAGAAAGAAGAGGCAGACCAACUUCUUGAGCAACAGAGACUGGUAUAUGAGAGCAAGUUACAGGAGCUUCAGAAGCAGGUGGAGACCCGCUCACUCGCGGCGGAAACACCCGAUGAAGAGGAGGAAGAGGAGGAGGAGGAGGAAGUGCCGUGGACCCAGCAUGAGUUUGAGUUGGCCCAGUGGGCCUUCAGGAAGUGGAGGUACCACCAGUUCACCUCGCUGCGCGAUCAGCUGUGGGGCAAUGCUGUGUACCUCAAGGAGGCCAACGCCAUCAGUGUAGAACUCAAGAAGAAGGUGCAGUUCCAGUUUGUGCUGCUGACGGACACUCUGUACUCGCCUCUGCCCCCGGAGCUCCUGCCGCCCGAGCCCGAGAAGGACCGCGACCUGCGGCCGUUCCCCCGCACCGUGGUGGCCGUGGAGGUGCAGGACCUGAAGAACGGCGCCACGCACUACUGGUCGCUGGAGAAGCUUAAGCAGCGUCUGGAACAGAUGCGUGAGAUGUACGACCGGGCGGGGGAGAUGGCCUCGUCCAACCAGGGAGCGGAGGAAGGCGGCGAGGGGGCACUGACGGGCAGCGACCCCUUCUACGACCGCUUCCACUGGUUCAAGCUGGUGGGCAGCUCCCCCAUCUUCCACGGCUGCGUGAAUGAGCAUCUGGCCGACCGCACGCCCUCACCCACCUUCUCCACGGCCGACUCGGACAUCACUGAGCUGGCCGAUGAGCGCCAGAGCGAGAUGGAGGACUUCAUGGAUGACGAGGCCUUUGUUGACGACACUAGUUCAGACGCUGGCACCGAGGAGGGCUCGGACCUGUUCAGCGACGGCCAGGACCCCUUCUACGACCGAUCCCCCUGGUUCACCCUGGUGGGAAGGGCUUUUGUGUACCUGAGCAACCUGCUAUACUCAGUCCCCCUGGUGCACCGUGUUGCCAUAGUAACGGAGAAGGGCGACGUGCGGGGCUUUUUGCGUGUAGGGGUCCAGGCCAUUGCAGCUGAUGAGGAAGCUCCAGACUAUGGCUCAGGAGUAAGGCAGUCAGGCACAGCUAAGAUCUCCUUUGAUGACGAGUACUUCAAAAAGGCCGAUUUCUCCACCACGGCCAUGACCCGCUCUGGGAUCUCUCUGGAGGAGCUGCGCAUUGUGGAGGGCCAGGGUCAAAGUUCAGAGGUCAUUACACCCUCAGAGGAGAUGAACAGGAUGAAUGAAAUGGACCUGAAGCUGGGCAAUGUGGAGGGGAAGCUGGUCCAUGGCGAGGGUCUAGCGGGCCAGCUGGAAGUGGGCAGCAUCUUUACCUUCCGCGUGACUGUCCUGCAGGCUAGUGGCAUCCUGCCUGAGUACGCCGACAUCUUCUGCCAGUUCAACUUCCUACACCGCCAUGAUGAGGCCUUCUCCACAGAGCCCCUGAAGAACACCGGCAAAGGCACCCCACUGGGCUUCUACCACGUCCAGAAUGUCUCUGUGGAGGUCACCGAGUCUUUCAUCGAGUACAUCAAGACCAAGCCCAUCGUGUUCGAGGUUUUCGGCCACUAUCAGCAGCACCCGCUCCACUUCCAUGGCCAGGAUCUCCUCAGCCCUAUCCAGUCCUCAAGGAAGUAUUACCCCCCACCAAUGCCUCUGUCCAAACCAGUUCCUGCUACCAAGCUGAACACCAUCAGCAAGUCCAACCUGGGCCAGUGUGUGAGCAAGUACGACCUGCUGGUGUGGUUUGAAAUCAGCGAGCUGGAGCCAACUGGAGAGUACAUCCCAGCUGUAGUGGAUCACUCAGGUGGCUUGCCUUGCCAUGGAACUUACCUGCUGCACCAGGGUAUCCAGCGUAGGAUCACGGUCACCCUCAUCCAUGAGAAGGGCAGUGAGCUGCACUGGAAGGACGUCAGAGAGCUGGUGGUUGGUCGAAUUAGGAACAAGGCAGAGGUGGACGAUUCUGCAGCAGAUGCAGUCCUAUCACUCAACAUCAUAUCAGCCAAAAACAUCAAGUCCUCUCACAACUCCAACAGAACCUUCUACCGCUUUGAGGCCGUGUGGGACAGCUCUCUGCACAACUCUCUCCUGCUCAACCGUGUGACUCCAUACGGAGAGAAGAUCUACAUGACCUUGUCGGCAUACCUGGAGCUUGACCACUGCAUCCAGCCCGCUAUCAUUACCAAAGACAUCUGCAUGGUGUUCUACUCCAGAGACGCCAAAAUCUCCCCUCCCCGCUCGCUGCGGAACCUCUUUGGCACAGGCUACUCCAAGACUCCCGACUGCAACAGAGUGACUGGUAUCUACGAGCUGAGCUUGUGCAAGAUGUCUGACACAGGAAGUCCAGGCAUGCAGCGAAGGAGACGGAAGGUUCUGGACACCUCGGUGGCGUAUGUGCGUGGGGAGGAGAACCUGGCGGGCUGGAGGCCCGGGGACAGCCUGAUCCUGGAACACCAGUGGGAACUAGAGAAGCUGGAACAGCUGCAUGAGGUGGAGAAGACGCGUCACCUGCUGCUCCUGCGUGAGAAGCUGGCUGAGACGGCGCCCCACAAGUCGCUGAGCGAGUCGCUGUCGCCCAGCAUGAGCAGUGGCACCCUCAGCACAUCCACCAGCAUCUCCUCGCAGAUCUCCAGCACCACCUUCGAGAGCGCCAUUACACCCAGCGAGAGCAGUGGCUACGACUCGGCCGACAUCGAGAGCCUGGUGGACCGGGAGAAAGAACUGGCCACCAAGUGCCUGCGUCUCAUGACCCACACCUUCAACAGUGAGUACAACCAGGUGUGCAACAGCAUCAGUGACUGCAAGCUCUCGGACAUCUCCCCCAUGGGUCGUGACCCCUCGGUCACCAGCUUCAGCAGUGCCACCCUCACCCCCUCCUCCACUUGCCCCUCGCUGUCCGAGUCUCGCUGCAGCUCCACGGAUCAGAAGACUCCGGAGAACAACUCCCGCGCUUCCAGCCCUGGCUGCUCCGACUAUGAGAACUUCCCCAUGGUGCCCACCCUGGAGACGUCCUACCUGGCCCGCGCCGGCAAGCAUGAGUUCCUCAACCUGGUACCCAACAUAGAGGAGAUGAGGCCUGGGGCGGUGGUGUCCAAGAAGGGAUUCCUGAGCUUCAUGGAGCCGCGCUCCAACUCGUGGGUGAAGCACUUUGUGGUGGUGCGCCGGCCCUACGUCUUUAUCUACAACAGUGACAAGGACCCCGUGGAGAGGGGAGUGCUCAACCUGUCCACGGCCCAAGUGGAAUACAGCGAAGACCAGCAGGCCAUGCUGAAGACUCCCAACACAUUUGCCGUGUGCACCAAGCAUAGAGGGAUCCUGUUACAAGCCAACAACGACAAAGACAUGAACGACUGGCUCUAUGCCUUCAACCCACUGCUGGCAGGAACAAUAAGGUCAAAGUUGGCGAGGAGGCGUUCUGGCUUGAUGAAGAACUAACAGGCCUCCUCUUACUCUGGCUGGCCUUUGAACAUAACAAGUGUUAACACUUAUUAAUCUUUGUGAUUAUUGACGUUUUUUUUUUUCUCUCUCUUGUACGUUGACCUGUGGCUUAAGUCUCUACUCCAGCAAAUGAACUUUAUUUUUAAGUUCCAAAAUAACCUGCUUCGUCCUCCUCCUCUCCCCCUCUUCACUCUUCUCCCUCCUCUCUCGAUUUCUCUCUGCCCUGCCUUCCGUGUUUUCAUUUAGAUUUGUCCCUGACCCCUCCCUCUUGUUUUGGCCCUGUUACAUUAUUUGUCAUAACAGGAAAAGAAACCUUCUAGCUAGUAGCAUGUUGUAGUAGUCUAUUUGUGUGUGCACGGUUCUUAAGAACAGACUUUCUCUUUGCUCUUGUUUUUUUUAUUCAUCUGUAGAGAUCGUCCUCAUCAGUGUUAUCCGUCAGGCAGAAACCCUCGUCUGGCAGCAUGAAAACAGCCACAGUGCUCAGGGGAAGACUUAGGUUUGCUGACUAAAAAAAAAAAUCUGAAGGGCACUAUCAGUACCCGCCAACACCCUCACUCAUUAUUGAUGAGAAGUCUGAAGGAGAAAACAAUUAAGUAAUUAUAAUAACAAUAGUAUAAGGAAAAUAAGAGGGAGGGAAUCCGCUCGCCCCUAUGUAAAAUGGAGUGUUGGCGCAUGAAAUGUUGCUGCUAGUGAUAUUGAGUAAACCUCAUGGAGUCUAGCUUUUACAUCAAUAGAUCAUCUAAAUUGACGCGCUGAAUUAGGAGAUCUAAAGGGGCCUCUAUCUUUCUCGCCAAUGUUACUGCAACAUUAAACUUGCUAUGCUAUACAAGCCUCCCCCGGUGGCAUAGGUAGCUACCUGAUCCUCUCUCCCUAGUUUGUGUACAUAUUAGGGGAAAGGGGCACCGCGGAGUGUUUCAGAGGGACAGCAGGUUUGUAUGUUCAUCAUUGUCGCAUCCACUUUUCCCAGACACUUUUCAUUGAACAGACUCCCUCUACCCCAGUGCAAUUGAGCUCCCAACCCCCCCACCCUCACCCCUCCCCCUGCCCCCAAAGCCAGGUUAUCAGCGGUGCGCUCAACAUCGUAGACAUUCAACUUGCAUUAGAUAGCGAAACACAAACGUACAGAAGAACAAAGAGGAAAAGACUGUGAAGGGAAUGUCAUUUGUACAUACUUUUCAGGAUUACUGUGCUUUAACCACUACUUAUAAAGACCUGACAUUCCUUUUGCACUUAUGCGUUUUUUCCUUAUCAUGGAAUAUUACUGAUGGCGAAAAAGUUGGGAUCAAAGUAGCUCAUCCAGUGGCAGAAAUAUGACUUGACACCCCGAGUUGUUGAUGAUAGUGGGAGAACUUCUCAAAAUAUCUCAGACACCAGGGAUUUAAGGACCUGGCAACUUAACAUGUGCUUGUUAUUUCAUUGAACAUCAUAUUAACCUUGUAGUCAGGAUCUGAGAGAUUCCCUGUUGACCUGUGGUAUUCUCAGGCCCUAGUUAACCCCAAGUCCUAAUCCCCUAGUCUGGGUACUGUACCAGGGGCAUCAGGCCAGAUUUCCAGAUUUCCUUUAGAAUAUACAGUACACGACAGACCAGAUGACUUAACAGCAAAUUCCUUGAUUUAUAAGCAUUCUUGAAACUUAUCCUUGUAUUUCCUUAUUGUACUCAUACUGUUAAUUUAUUUUUUUAUUAACACCGUUGUUUUAUACUACCCACUCAUUCGUUCAAGUAAUCUGCAAUGAAAGAAAAAAAAACUUAUGUGAGAAGGGCAUUUUCGUUCCUUUUUAUCCAGUGAUAUUUAAUGUUGUUUUGCACAUUUAAAAUGCUCAUUUACCAAGCAUAAUGAAAUAGUAGAUGUUCAGGUGGUCUCAGCACUGUCUGGUUAGAAAAAAAUGGGAUUUCUUUUGAAGUCGCUAAUGCAAGAAGCUAAUGCUUAACUCUACUGUAGAGUGUCUAGUGUGGCGGAGUGGAGUGGAGACAACAAAAUGGAUGACCAAAAUGCUCUGAGCUUAUUUUACUAUUAUUUUUUUCUCUGAAAAUCCUUGCUCUGAGUGCCAUGUGGAUCCAGCACCUGAAGCUGAAUUUGUAGUUUUUAUGUGGUUUGUCUUUAUUCUGUGCCACAUGAGAGAUGGUUUUUGUGAGGGGCACAGACGGAGGUUGCAGCAGGACUCUGGCCAGCCAACCAGUAGGACCUGCAUUUCAAACCUGACUGUCCUGAUUGUAUGGAUAUCUAAAGGCACCAUCUCUUCAACUGGCCACACAAUUCAGCCGCAAUUUACCCUGUAAAAAUCAGGGGGAUUGAUAUGCAUUGAAUCAUUGAAUCUUUUGCAGUUGUACAUUCACAAAGACAUUUUAUACAGAACAAAGAUGAAAACAGCUGUUGGUUUUGACCAUGGGUUGACCAGCCUAAUGGCUCACCAAGCUGUUGGAUUUAUUUAACAUCUGUGGAAAGUGUUUGCACUGAAAAUAAAUUUUCUCUCAAAUUGCAUACAUUUUAAGGUGAAACACUGUUCAUGUGGCACCGAAGCAAAUCUAUGACGAGCAUGAUCUUUGAGAACAGUUUGAAAAAGCACCAGAGCAAAGAAUUUCAAGGGUUUUGAAUGGCUUGGGUUACUAAUGUGUAGUGGACAUUUCAUUGACUGUAUUUAUUGUUUUGCAUUGUAUAUAUUAGUUUGCAGCUCUUUGCACAUAAUAAAUGGUUCUAACUAACGGAUCAAAUCAAA